CCACGUGGCCAGUCGAUGUCGAUACUAGUGACUCGUGAACUGGAAAAACAUACGAAGAUUCGUUCUAGUAAUCUUUUUAUCUCGGCUUCUUUUUCAUGUGGUAGCCAGGUGGACAAGAUGUUCACGGCUAACGCAAAGAUAAUUAAGAGCGGUGGCUCGGAACCCGAUCAGUUUGAGGCGAGCAUUUCCAAUGCUCUUCUGGAACUGGAGAUGAACAGCGAUCUGAAGUCGCAUUUAAGGGAGCUUUACAUCACCAAGGCGAAGGAAUUAGAAACAAACAAUAAGAAGUCGAUUAUCAUAUAUGUACCGAUGCCAAAACUGAAGGCUUUCCAAAAAAUUCAAACGAGGUUAGUACGCGAGCUGGAGAAGAAGUUCUCUGGCAAGCAUGUAAUGUUCGUUGGUGAACGUAAAAUCUUACCGAAGCCGACGAGAAAGACGCGUACAAAGAACAAGCAGAAGCGUCCUAGAAGUCGUACGUUAACUUCGGUAUAUGACGCUUUGUUGGAGGAUAUUGUUUAUCCUGUAGAGAUUGUGGGUAAACGAAUUCGAGUAAAACUUGAUGGCUCACAAGUUAUCAAAGUUCAUUUGGACAAAAAUGAACAAACGAAUAUUGAACACAAGGUCGAUACUUUCGCUUCGGUAUAUAAACAAUUGACUGGACGAGACGUAACAUUCGAGUUUCCCGAAUCUUAUGUAUGAUUUAUUAAAUAUUAAAACAUUUGAAAUAACGUA